CCAUUUGGACACUGUGAUAUCCCUUAAUCCAGCGGCCCCCAACCACCGGGCCGCGGACAUGGACCGGUCCGUGGGUCAUUUGCUACCGGUCCGCACAGAAAUAAUUAAUAACUUAUUUUAUUUCCUAUCAGUUAUUUUUAUUUUAUUUAUUUAUUAUUUUAUUUCCUUAUUUUAUUGAUCAGUCUGAAAGGUGUUUUAUUUUGGAAAAAACGACCGGAUUAUCUUCCAAUUACAUCCGUUUUGCCUACGUGCUUUACGCAUGUCAAGACUUGUCAAGGCUUGUCUCGGUACACGCGAUACCCCCAACAUUAAACCCACAAGAUAGCUAACCUGAGUAAAAAACAAACGCCUUUGGGGAGCUUCUUUGCAAAGGGGGAAAGGCCCAACGAGGAGACAGAAGAAGAUCCUACAACUACCAAGAAAAAGAAAGCUGCAUUUAACAGACAGUACCAGGAGUCCUACUUAAAAUACGGUUUCAUCGCGACCGGUGAUUCUAUCUUUGUGAAGCUGGGUUUUCUGCAGUGACGGCAACCAAAACAAAAUUACGGAGUAGACUAGACAUAAAGAACACACUUCGGGUGUCAUUGUCUCCGAUUACCCCUCGAUGGGACCUUCUUGUUGCAAAGAAACAAGCUCAGGGCUCCCACUGAUUCAGCGUUAUGGAUGUGAUAAAUACUCUAGUCCAGGACAAUAGGGCGUUUGCAGAAAAGCUGGAGGAGCAGUUCAUUCGAGGCCAGCUAGUCGAGAAGAUGCUGGUCAAUGCUCAAAAAGUCAUGAUCGGAAAUACACAGGAAAUCCAAGGCCUAAAACAACAGCUCUCUCUGAAAGAGAACGUCCUCCAUCAGGCAGAAAUGGAGAUCUCUUUGAUGAAAAGGACAAGGACAGGGAGAGAGAUGCACAGCUCGGCUCGCUGAAGGAGGAGAUUAGGGCACUGAGGGAGGAGAACCAGAGUCUACAGACCCUCUUUACUAACACUGAGAAUGGAAACACACCUCUGAAAGAGUCCUUUUCCCAGACUCAGAUUAUCAGGCUUCAACGUGAGCUGCAGGACCUCCAGAGACUGCAGCUCAAAGACGUGCCCUCUGAGUCCCCACACUCAGGGCUCAAAUCUCCCAUCGGGAGACAGCUGGGUUUGGACGACUCCUUCCUGUGGAUGCAGCUGGACGAGGGGGACAGAAGUCCCUCCAGCAGCAGCAGCACCUCCCAGUGCCGGGCGGAGAAGCAGGUCCUGAGCGGGACCGCCACCCCCGACGACUGCCUGUCCAUCCGCAGCCUCUCCUCCAGGGUCAGUGUGCAGGGUCCGGGGGACCUGUGCGCCUCCCCCAAAACCGCAGCCCCGGCCAGGGAGCAUAGCGCCCUCCAGAGGCACAUCUCCGAGGCACAGACCCUGAUCAUGGAGGUGGACACCUGCAUCCAGGAUUCCUUUCAGACCCGGGUGCAGGAAGACGUGCUGACCAGGGCGGUAAUUGAGUCUCUAAUGCAGCAGAAUCAGGCUGUAGCUCAGGAACUGGAUUUGCAAACGGCACGAGUCCACGAGCUGGAGGUCAUGCUUGCUGACGCUUAUGAGCAAAAGGCCGUGGCGGUGUCUGAGAGCCAGACAGCCAUGGAGGAACUUCAGGACUUCAUACGUGGCAGAGACAAGCUCCUCAAAGAGCUGAGCGAGGACUACAGUCAGCUGAGGGAGGAGAAAAUCCAUUUGCAGAGCUUUUUCUGUGACGAUGGGCACGGGACUGCGGUCCUGAAAAAGUCAUUUCAUCAGAGCCACCCUCAGAUAAACAAGAUGCAGGGUGAGAUAACGGAGCUCCACAGAAGGCAACACACAAGCAGCUUAAGCAAGCUGUACCUCGGGCUUAAAGCUCAUGAAGAGAGGGAGCUCAGUCCUCAAGAUGUGGCUUCGGUCGUUCUGGACCUGAAUGAAUUUAGUUCAUUUCUGGGAGGAACCCUGGACGAGCAGCACCAGAACUCAGCACCAGAACCUGGACCUGCAGCUGCUGAGGGAGCCACACGCCUGAGGAAAGAAUACAAGACACAGACAUUUAAAGUAUAACUGACCCAUCAUUAUGUAUUCAUUUACUUUUCUACAUCUUCAAUGUGUUAUUAAAUCAUUCAUAUGGCU